AUGUGGGCAGCUUCUUGCCUGGCGUCAUGCUGCGCGGCGUGCGCAUGCGACGCCUGCAGGACCGUCGUUUCGGGAAUCAGCCGUCGUUCCGCGCGGAUCGCUUACUGCGGCCUCUUCGCCUUCUCCCUUGUCGUCGCUUGGAUCCUCCGCGAGGUCGCCGCUCCGCUCAUGGAAUCUAUUCCAUGGAUCAAUCACUUCAAUCAAACUCCUAGCAGAGAAUGGUUUGAAACGGAUGCAGUUUUGCGGGUUAGCUUGGGGAAUUUUCUGUUUUUCACUAUUCUAGCGGUUUUGAUGGUUGGUGUAAAAACCCAGAGGGAUCCUCGGGAUAGUAUGCACCAUGGAGGUUGGAUGAUAAAAAUUAUCUGUUGGUUCGUUCUGGUAAUCUUUAUGUUUUUCGUUCCAAACGAGAUCAUCAGCUUCUAUGAAACAAUAUCAAAGUUUGGCUCGGGCAUGUUUCUUCUUGUUCAAGUCAUGCUCUUGUUGGAUUUUGUUCAUGGAUGGAAUGACAAAUGGGUUGGAUUUGAUGAACAAUUCUGGUACAUUGCUCUAUUUGUUGUUUCACUUGUUUGUUAUCUGGGAACAUUUGCAUUCUCGGGAGUUCUCUUUCACUUCUUCACACCAUCUGGACAAGACUGUGGAAUUAAUGUCUUUUUUAUUACCAUGACCCUGAUUCUGGCAUUUGUUUUUGCCAUAGUGGCUUUGCAUCCUGCGGUUAAUGGAAGUGUUUUGCCUGCUUCAGUAAUAUCAUUGUACUGCACCUAUCUCUGCUAUAGUGCACUGGCUAGUGAACCAAGAGAUUACGAGUGCAAUGGUCUUCACAAACACUCCAAAGCUGUUUCCACUGGCACCCUUACUUUGGGUUUACUUACAACUGUUCUAUCUGUUGUUUAUUCUGCUGUGCGUGCUGGAUCUUCUGCUGCAGUGCUUUCCCCACCUAGCUCCCCUCGAGCUGGUAAGCCUUUGCUUCCAUUGGAUGCGAGGGAGGAAGAAGAGAAGGAGAAAGCAAAGCCAGUUACAUAUUCAUAUGCCUUCUUCCACUUGAUUUUCUCUCUUGCUAGCAUGUAUUCUGCGAUGCUUCUGACAGGUUGGUCAACGUCUGUUGGAGAGAGUGGGAAGUUGGUUGACGUGGGAUGGCCUUCUGUGUGGGUUCGGAUUGUCACUUCCUGGGCAACUGCUCUGCUGUACUUAUGGUCUCUCGUAGCUCCUAUCCUGUUCCCAGAAAGAGAGUUCUGA